UCACAGAUAUAAAGGCAUACACGCUUUAGCCUGAAUCUCAGAGCCAGUCAAACUUUUCAGAGUUGAAAGCACCUAUUUUGUCUCUUUACAGAAUGAAGACCAUUCUCAGCAGCCAAACUGUCGACCUCCCCGACAAUGUCGAGGUGAGGCUGAAGGGCCGAACUGUGACUGUCAAAGGCCCCCGUGGCAAGCUCACCAGGGAGUUCAACCACAUCAACCUGGAGCUCAGCCUGCUGGGCAAGAAACAGAAGAAGCUUCGUGUGGAUAAAUGGUGGGGAAACAGGAAGGAGUUGGCCACAGUCCGCACCAUCUGCAGCCACGUCCAGAACAUGAUCAAGGGAGUCACUUUGGGUUUCCGGUACAAAAUGCGUUCCGUGUACGCCCAUUUCCCCAUCAACGUGGUCAUCCAGGAGAGCGGCACCCUGGUCGAGAUCAGGAACUUCUUGGGAGAGAAAUACAUUCGCCGUGUCCGAAUGAGGGGUGGUGUGCUGUGUUCAGUCUCAGCCGCACAGAAGGACGAGCUGGUCCUGGAGGGUAACGACAUUGAGCUGGUGUCCAACUCUGCUGCUCUGAUCCAGCAGGCCACAACUGUCAAAAAUAAGGAUAUCAGGAAGUUCUUGGACGGCAUUUACGUGUCUGAGAAGGGAACAGUCUUGGAACCGGAACAGUAAAAGUUACACCUACACUCUCGGAGCAGCCCUGAUCCAGCAGACCACCACAGUCGGAAAGAAGGACAUCAGGAAGUUCCUGCACAGCACAGUGCUAAUGACAAGCUAAUAAGACCAAUAAACUAAUGUGUUUUCCAGUUAA